UUCUCUUCUCUUCUUCCAGGCCUGAGCCUUCUAUGAUGUACACUCCAGACUGAACUUGAAACCAGGGCAGCUUAGGAAGGGAAGAAGGCCGGCUGCUCCGGGCAUCAAGAGAGAUAUAUGGUCCUUGGAGGAAUAUUGGAGCCUGUGAACAUUUGGGAACCGGUCAGAGACUUUGCUUGACUUGACCUGCUCUUGGGUGGAGGAAGAUGCUGUAGAAGAGCGGCCCUGUGCUCCUGGGGAGGGGGAACAGGGGAGGUGGAAGGACCUUUCUGCCUUGAGACCCACGGACAUUGGGACUUUUCUGCUUGAGAGAGCCCCCUCCCCAUGUCCAGCGGUCCCUGUGGGUUCCUCAUCGUUUGAGAAACAGACCAGAUUGUAACCUCUUCUCCAUCUUCCCUCUCCACGGCGCUACUCUUUUGUCUCAUGUGGAUUUGAAAGCAUCUCGAGGACGGGAGGCCUCCUUGACCUCCAGGCGAAGCCAUGGCGAAGCCGGUGCGUUUGCUGGUGCCCUUGGCGCUGCUGGUGGCCUCGAUGCUGAGCCCAGGCGCAGGCGGAGCGGCCUUGGAGUUCAGCGGCACGACAGGGCAGUGGGCACGCUAUGCGCGGUGGGACGCCAGCUCCUUGGGGGAGCUGAGCUUCAGCCUCAAGACCAACGUCUCCCGGGCGCUGGUGCUCUACCUGGACGACGGCGGGAACUGCGACUUCUUGGAGUUGCUGAUCCUGGAGGGGCGCUUCCGCCUGCGCUUCACCAUCUCCUGCGCAGAGCCGGCCAGCCUGCACCUGGAGACGCCCGUCAACGACGACCGCUGGCACAUGCUGCUCUUGACGCGCAACUACCGAGAGACCAUGCUGGUGGUGGACGGCGAGGCCCGGGUCGCCGAGGUGAAGUCCAAGCGGCGCGACAUGACGGUGGAAAGCGACCUCUUCGUGGGCGGCAUCCCGCCCGACGUCCGCCUCUCGGCCCUCACGCUCAGCACCGUCAAGUACGAGAUGCCUUUCCGCGGCAUCGUGGCCAAUCUGAAAGUGGGAGACAUGCCGCCAGCGCUCUUGGGCAGCCAGGGCAUCCGCAGCGACAUGGAGUACCUGUGCACCAAACAAAAUCCUUGUGUCAAUGGUGGGAUCUGCACCGUCAUCAACAGCGAGGUGCAAUGUGAUUGCAGCCUUACCGGCUUCCAGGGGAAGUUUUGCAGUGAAGGUCCGGCUCACCUGACGCUAAACAGCCAAGGUAUGGUUUUAUGUUUCUUUCAACAAAUGAGUUUCAAAGUUCUUCUCCUCCUCCUCCGAAACCUGCUUCCAUCUCUCUUUCUCUUUUUCUCUCUUUUCAUCAUCACUCUCAGUCUCUCGUUCUCUCUCCUGCCAUCCGCCUCGACCAUCUCAUCUCAUGUUGGUUUCUGACAUUGCCUCUGUCUCUUGCUGAAUUUUAUAUAUUUAUAUAUAUAUAUAUCUUUUGGUUGUUUGGAAUGUGAACAUGUAUCCGAAAGAAAAAGCAUGUUGCGGAGAGAACUCGAGAGCACCAGAGAAAGAUGGUUUUAUCUCGUGUCGCUUCACGUUGAUGAACUGUGUGACUUAUGCUUAUGAUCUGAUUAUUAACAGCCUUGUGCAUUUGGCUCAUUGGUUGCUUUGGAUGCGGUUCUAGGGGAUUCACAUACUGUACCAGCUGGUGUGAGCUAAAUUUGUCUACACAAGAUACAAUGGAGUUCUUGGACCAAGAUAUAGUGAACCAGGAUGCAAGCGAGUGAAGGAGUUUGCCCCCAACUAGAUCAGGGCAGGAGAAGCAUGAUGCCACUCUUCUAUGAUGGAUGGUGGCUCCCAUAUCAGAAACGUGGUUACAGAAUCCUAGAUUUGGAAGAGACCCCCAGGACCAUCCUGUACAACCCUCUGCUAUGCAGGAAGACACAGCCCAAGCCCUUCCAACUGAUAGAAUCAUAGAGUUGGAAGAGACCUCGUGGGCCAUCCAGUCCAGUGAUUCCCAAAGUGGGCACUACUGCCCCCUAGUGGGUGCUGCAGAGAUCCAGGGGGGCGGUGAUGGCACCUAUUAGGAUACGGGGGCGGGGCCAGGGGAAGGGCGGGGCCUCUUCCCAAGUGCCGGAGACAGGGCUGAGCACCUGAGGCACCUGUUAGGACACAGGGGGUGGAGCUAGAGGAGUGGGCGUGGCUUCUUCCCAACAGCCCGAGACAGGGCUGAGCAUCUAUACCUCUCCUGAGGCGCUUGUUGGGACACAGAGGGUGGAGCUAGGGAAGGGGGCGGGGCCUCCUUCCAAGAGCCUGAGACAGGGCUGAGCCUCUAUACCUCUCCUGAGAGGCCUUUUAGGACUAAAGGGCGGUGCUAGGGGUGGGGGCGUGGCCUCUUUCCAAGAGCAUGAGACAGGGCUGAGCCUCUAUACCUCUCCUGAGGCUCUUGUUAGAACACAGGGGUGGGGUAUAGAGGUUCAGCCCCAUCAGGCACUUGGGAAGAGGCCCGCCCCCUCCUCUAGCCCUGCCCCCUGUGUCCUGGCAGGCACCGCAAGACAGGGAUAGAAGCUCAGCCCUGCCUCAGAACUCGUAACUCCGCCCAUUCCAGUCCUGGCCGCCCAUUUGUGGCCCCGCCCACCUCCCCCUCCCCCUCCCAGCACUGAAUCUGGGUCUAGGGGAGAGGCUCAGUCCCGCCCUCUUGAGCAGGAGCCACGCCCACCCCUCUAAGCCACUCCCCUCUUUCCAGGGUGUGCUGAGUCAUAUUUUUUCUGGAAAGGGGGCGGCAGGCCAAAUAACUUUGGGAACCACUGAUCCAAUCCAACCACCUUUCAAGAAGCAGGAAAAUGGUAUUCAUGAGGAAACCAUGAAAACGAACAAAAUCUGGCUAAAAUCAGGACAGAAUUAGGACAGGAAAUAAGGAACAACAUUUAAAAAACACAGGAAUUCCAGACAAGAAAGAAUCAAGGCCAGCUAACACCUCCCAACAAAGGAUUCCCCCAGAUUUUGUCCAUUUUCAUGGUUUUCUCCUUUCAGUUGAAAUUCUCCACAUGCUUGCGUAUUUCAAAGGCUUCUCUGUAUAGUGUGACAUGGUGGUUGUGAGAGUGGCCCAGCAUUUCUGCGUUCUCAGAUAAUAUGCUGUAUACAGGUUGGUUCAUCAGGUGCUCUGCUAUGGCUGAGUUAUCUGGCUGAAUUAGUCUGCCGAGCCUUUCAGUGCUAAUCAAGCUUCACACUUGCAUUCACACUUGCCUCAAACAGACAAGAGUCCUUUUCUCCCACCCUGGACCUCCCACAAUCAGGGCCAGCUAACUUCUCCCAACAAAAAGAUCCCUCCAGGCAGGAAGCAGCCAGGCUUUGAAGCUGAAGGGCCAUUCAAUGUGGCCUGCUGCAACAUUCACACUUGCCUCAAACAGACAAGAGUCCUUUUCUCCCACCCUGGACCUCCCACAAUCAAGGCCAGCUAACUUCUCCCAACAAAAGAUCCCUCCAGGCAGGAAGCAGCCAGGCUUUGAAGCUGAAGGGCCAUUCAAUGUGGCCUGCUGCAACAUUCACACUUGCCUCAAACAGACAAGAGUCCUUUUCUCCCACCCUGGACCUCCCACAAUCAAGGCCAGCUAACUUCUCCCAACAAAAGAUCCCUCCAGGCAGGAAGCAGCCAGGCUUUGAAGCUGAAGGGCCAUUCAAUGUGGCCUGCUGCAACAUUCACACUUGCCUCCAACAGAAAAGAGUCCCUUUCUCCCACCUUGGACCUCCCACAAUCAGGGCCAGCUGACACCUCCCAACAAAGAAUCCCUCCAGGCAGGAAGCAGCCAGGCUUUGAAGCUGAAGGGCCAUUCAAUGUGGCCAGUUGCAAGAUUCACACUUGCCUCCAACAGACAAGAGUCCUUUUCUCCCGCCCUGGACCUCCCACAAUCAGGGCCUGUUGCAACAUUCACACUUGCCUCCAACAGAUAAAAGUUCUUUCUCACACCCUGGACCUUCCACUGAUAUAUAAACCCCACUUGCCUAGUUUCCAACAGACCCUACAACCUCUGAGGAUGCCUGCCAUAGAUGCGGGUGAAAUGUCAGGAGAGAAAAAUGCUUCUGGAACUUGGCCAUGCAGCCUGGGAAACUCACAGCAACCCAAUAUUUUUGUAAGCUGCCCUGAGUCCCCUCGGGCGAGAAGUGCAGGCUAUAACUGUUGUAAAUAAAUAAAUAAAUAAAUAAAUAAAUAAAUAAAUAUUCAAAUUAUUUUAACUGGAAAUAGCUCAGGAUGUUGCCUCAUUGUCCAUGUCAGAGGAGACACAAGUGCAUCCUUGGCUAGCUUCUGGAUAUGAAGUUAGCAAAGCAGGAAAAUGUUCCUUUUCUGGGCUACAGCUCCCCAAAUCCCCAGGAAACUGUAGACCAAAAGGUAACCUCUGGCAACGUGCCAUAUUGUCCCCUGCCUCAAGCUGGCCCUGGAUGCAGCUCAAAUUCAGAACUGUCCAUCAGGAUUGGGCGAUUGAGCAGUCAACCAGCCAUAGCAGCUGGCUGGCAUGACAACUCCCUUAUCAUGCACAGAGAUGCUUACGAGGCCCCAUCAGUCGAAGGACGUGACAUGCCUUCCCGAGGAGACUGUGCAUCGUGGUGGGAUAUUUAGUGCUCUGUCCAGGAGGUGCCAGGUUUCUGUAGGAUUGGACUGUAAAUUGCCAUGGCCCUUGGUCUUCCAUAAAGUCCUACAAUGCCAGCUUCUGCCAUUCAUCUCUUGCCAUCACUCAGUUCAUUAUCUUUACAGAUGGCGAGGUUUAGAGCUUGGGCAUAUGGUGUAUCACACCCAGCCAUGUUUCUAACAUCAGGAUGAAGUGGCCAUCGUGUUCCAGAAAUGUUCACAAUAAUGCUUAGGAAAAUCCUCCUCCACCUCCAAUUAUUUCCAAAUUGUCCAGCCAAUAUUUGUAAUUGGUAUCCGGAGUCGUAGGAGAGUGUUUCAAGGAACAGAUGGCUCGAGCUUGGGAAAUCAUGAUUUUGGACCACUGAUCUAUCAUGGCCAAUGGGAUUGUUGAUAGACAAUGUCAAGUUCUAGGUUGCCCUCCAGGCCUGAUGCCACCUAGGACCACAGCAACACACAAGAAUCCAGAGUAUAAGUAAAGAGUUGACUGUAAAAAUACAUAAAAUAUGUGAAAAAGCAGGAAAUAAGAAAGAAGAGGAAUACAGCAGAGUCUCACUUAUCCAAGAUAAACAGGCCGGCAGAACAUUGGAUAAGCAAAAAUCUUGGAUAAUAAGGAGGGAUUAAGAAAAAAGCCUAUCUAUAUAUAUAAAAGAGUGAUGGCAUCACUGCGACCCACAAAACAACAAAACUACAGGCCCCCCAACCUCGAAAUUUGACAGCACAACCCCUCAUCCACUCCUCUAGGUUGAUACAACAAAAAGCAAAGAAAAAUAAAGUCCUAAUUAGAGGGAGAGAAAUAAUUGUUUUUAUCCAAUUGCUGCCACUUAGAAGGCUCUAAGCUCUGCCCACUUGGUCUCCUAGCAACCCACUCAGCCCAGUGUUAAUAAAAGAAUAAAAAAUAAAAUAAAUACAAAUAAUACAAUAAAAACACUAAAAAAAUUAAAUACUAUAAUAACAAAAUAACUAAAAAUAAUACUACAAAAUAAUAAAAUAUAAUAAAUAAAAAAGAUAAGUUACAAUAAAAUUAAUUUUAAAAAGUACAAAUAACGUCAAAUAAAAAUUCCACAACAACUUUUAACCAAUACCACCACCACUUUGCCACAGCAACGCAUAGCCGAGCACAGCUAGUACAAUAUAAAAUUAGAACACUGGAUAAGCGAAAAUCUUGGAUAGUAAGGAGGGAUUAAGAAAAAAGCCUAUUAAACAUAAAAUUAGAACAUUGGAUAAGCGAAAAUCUUGGAUAGUAAGGAGGGAUUAAGAAAAAAAUCCUAUUAAACAUAAAAUUAGAACAUUGGAUAAGCGAAAAUCUUGGAUAAUAAGGAGAGAUUAAGAAAAAAGCCUAUUAAAAUUAGAACAUUGGAUAAGCGAAAAUCUUGGAUAAUAAGGAGGGAUUAAGAAAAAAGCCUAUUAAACAUAAGAUUAGAACAUUGGAUAAGCGAAAAUCUUGGAUAAUAAGGAGGGAUUAAGAAAAAAGCCUAUUAAACAUCAAAUUAGAACAUUGGAUAAGCGAAAAUCUCGGAUAAUAAGGAGGGAUUAAGAAAAAAGCCUAUUAAAUAUAAAAUUAGAACAUUGGAUAAGCGAAAAUCUUGGAUAAUAAGGAGGGAUUAAGAAAAAAGCCUAUUAAACAUCAAAUUACAUUAUGAUUUUACAAAUUAAGCACCAAGACAUCAUGUUUUACAAGAAAUGGACAGAAAAAACAGUUCAAUACACAGUAAUGUUAUGUAGUAAUUACUGUAUUUACAAAUUUAGCACCAAAACAUUGCAACAUUGACUACAAAAGCAAUGACUACUAAAAGGCAGACUGCCUUGGAUAACACAGAACCUUGGAUAAGUGAGACUCUACUGUAAUACAAAACAGGUUCAGCAAUAGGUGAUAAUCUUACAGGAUUCCAAAUGUCUCAUGAAAAUCCAAAGGUCACACAGUCCAGGAAUAGUCAAAAAUCACAAGUAGAGCAUAAAUUCAUAAGCAAAAGAUAUCCUUAGGAAAAAAAACUUAGCAAGAAUCACAAAGCAAGAAUAUAAACAACCUUCCAAGAUAUUUGAAUCCCAUGAGCAGGACACAAGAACUCAGGCCUAGGUUCUCCCUCGAACACCAAUGUUGCCUGAACUAAUUUAAAGGUAAACAACUGGCCGUUAAUAAGCAGUCAUGAAGUCAUGGUGUUUCCCAUGAACUUUAUCUAUUUCCCACGUAAACAUGCUGACCUUAGGAAUUGAUUCUCUGUCCUGAUGUGCAAACAGAGAUCCUGGUUUAUCUCCAUACCACCAGGUACUUUCCCUUGAGUUUUCUGUUUCACUUCAUUCUUCUUCUCUCCUCCCCUUAUCUAAUGAUGUUGUUUCUGGCUCCUGUGACUGACCUUGGAGCUCAGCACGGUCUGAGUCAAUUUCAUUCCCUUGGUCUGUAUCACUUUGAACCCCAGGAAAUCCCACAAUCCCUUCUGAGUCUUCAGUGAACCCAUCAUCCCCUGGCUGCUGAACUACAACAGUCUAUUCCAGGGGUCCCCAAACUAAGGCCCGUGGGCCGGAUGUGGCCCUGCAAGGUCAUUGACUUGGCCCCUGUCCUAAACUUUAGACUUAAGGUUGAUCUAAGUCUACCUGGUCUUUGGAGGUCUCUUUGCUUACUUAUGGCCUUAUGAAAUUGUCUAGAUUGUCUUUGAAGAUCUCUUUGCUUAGCUUCGACCUUAUGAGAUCGUCUAGAUGGUCUUUGAAGGUCUCUUUGCUUAGCUACGGCCUUAUGAGACCAUCUAGAUGGCUUUUGGAGGUCACUUUCCUUACCUAUGGUCCUAUGAGACUGUAGAUGGCCUUUGAGGGUCCCUUUCCUUACCUAUGGUUUUAUGAGAUUGUCUAGAUGGCUUUUGGGGGCCCCUUUCCUUACCGAUGGUCUUACAAAACCAUCUAGAUGGUCUUUGAGGUCCCUUUCCUUAUCUAUGGUCUUCUGAUGCCCUUAUGAGAUCAUCUAGAUGGCCUUUGAGGGUCCCUUUCCUUACCUAUGGUCUAUUGAGACCAUCUAGAUGGCUUUUGGAGGUCACUUUCCUUACCUAUGGUCCUAUGAGACCAUCUAGAUAGUCUUUGAGGAUCCCUUUCCUUAUCUAUAGUCUUAUGAGACCAUCUAGAUGGCUUUUGGAGGUCACUUUCCUUACCUAUGGUCCUAUGAGACCAUCUAGAUAGUCUUUGAGGAUCCCUUUCCUUAUCUAUAGUUUUAUGAGACCAUCUAGAUGGCUUUUGGAGGUCACUGUCCUUACCUAUGGUCCUAUGAGACCGUCUAGAUGGCCUUUGAGGGUCCCUUUCCUUACCUAUGGUCUUAUGAGACCAUCUAGAUGGUCUUUGGAGGUCUCUUUCCUUACCUAUGGUCUAAUGAGAUCGUCUAGAUCAGGGGUCCCCAAACUAAGGUCCUCCAGGGUCACUGACCUGGCCUCUGUCCUAAACUUUAGACUUAGGGUUGACCUAAGUCUGAAAUGACUUGAAGGUACACAACAACAACAAUCAUAAUUUUGGACUAUUUCAUCCUAAUCCGGGCCCCCAACACUCUGAGGGACAGUGAAUCGGCCCUCCACUUAAAAUGUUUGAGGACCCCUGGUCUAUGCAGUUCCUUCGUGGGAUUUUCCAUCUUUAAAUUAGCACUUCAAAUAGAGGAGGAGAACUUCCAACUUAAAGGCAGGCUGUGCAAUGCAGGAUGGCCAAAUUAUCAGCAUUCAUCAGAGAUGGAUAAAGUUACUAUUUUGGGCUAUAUCUCUGAGAAUCUCCCCGCUAGGCUGUGUUGCUUAGAAGAUACCGAGAAUUGCAGUAUGAAAAUGUUUCAGAGACAGUUGCUUUUUUGCCCAAAGUUCAAGACAGAGGACUUCUUUGUAGACUGGAUCCAGCAGUUCCCUGUCUCGGUGUAAAUCUAUUGCCUAUGUUCCUAUUUCAAUCAACCCAUUCUUCAGAAGCAGGAGAACUGGAAUCUGACACAAUAUUUUAGAACAAUUUUUCUUCCACCCUCCCCUAUCCCAAAUUUAGGGUGUAGGCAGAGCCCUAAUUUUGAGUUGGAGCAAAAAGCUGAUACUUGAAGAAGACAUUGACCCACCCUUGAGAGAGAUGAGCCAGUUGUCUCACGUGAGAUAAGGCAACCGCCUGCUUUUGCAUUCAAAUCAAAGCUGUAGUGAUCUGAGCACUGAACUCUGGAAUCCAGGGUUUGGAUCCCCACUGCUGAAUUAUUCCCCUGCUAUAUUCCUGCAAACCUUGAAGUUUCCCCCCAGGGACCCACAGAUGACUCAGCCUGUCUGCUCAAGUCAUCCAAGGACACCCUUCUGUCUGUUCCAGACCCUCCAGGACAGGGUUGGAGGGGACGAACGAGAAGGACAUUUCCUCCAUUGUGUCACCCAGAAGGUAUCAGUCCCCUAAUAAAAUGAAACAAAGCAGCAAGCGGUUAUGCAAGAGGAGCAAAAGGCAACAGACUUUGCUUAAGUCUCAGAUCCCAGAUUUAAUAAUAAUAAUAAUAAUAAUAAUAAUAAUAAUAAUAAUAAUAAUAAUCUUUAUUCUUAUACCCUGCCUCCAUCUCCCCGAAGGGACUCGGGGCGGCUUACAUGGGGCAAAAGCCCGAGCAAAUACAAUAAGGAACACAUCAAACAGCAAAAACCACGCGCAAAUGAGAAUAAACAUGUUAAAAAAACAGCAAAAACAUUAGUAAAGACAUAUUAAAAUACAGCAAUAAAAUCAUAAAAAACGAACUGGGCGAAAGUGCACUAAGUGUGUUUUGUAAACAUGAGGCAGUUAUUAAAAUGUUUCAAAAUAAAGAGCGAAACGUCAGGAGAGAAUGCUUCUGGAACAUACAGCCUGGAAAACUCAUAGUAACCCAACAAUAACAUACCUCUCUCUAUCCAGGUGUAUGUUUUAAUCAAUGGGGUAAGAUUUUGGAUUACCCAUUUUUAAAGCCUAGGUAUCCAUACAUGUACGUAGAUCGCAAACAAGAUGUAGUUAAAGCAAUGUAACUAAUUAAUAAUUUCCAAUUAUAAACCAAACACAACAAAACGAUAGUACAGCAAAAGUAAUCAGAAGUGGACACAAGCCAGACACAGAAAUGGGAAGCAAAGGAUGUUUGCACAGGCAUCCUUGAUAGAUAAGCAUGUCAUCCAUCCCCAACCUGUUGUUGAACCUGGCUGCUAUUGCUCUGUGGAUAAUUGCAGCUUACAGGUAGAAGGUGGGCAGAGUCAGAGCACCUGAAACCCAGAAUUACUUGCCUGCAGCAGCCUCACGCUUGAGGAAGAUUUCAGGGCCCGGGCAGCUUUUGUACUGUGCAAAUAUGUAGCUAGAACCUGGCUUGCUCAUCAGGGAUAACCUCACAGCAGUCCUUCCCCUUUUCAAGCUGGUUGUUCUGACAGGGUUUGAUUAUCACAGUAAAAUAACAAAUCUAAUCAUACCAAUAAUAAUAGAGAAAAAUUAUAAAUAUACCAUAUAUACUCGAGUGUAAGCUGACCCAAAUAUAAGCCAACCAAGACCUGCACCCGGGUAUAAGCUGUUUUAAUCAGAAUUGGAUUCUUCCCCAAUGCUGUCAGUAAGUAAGUAAGUAAAAGUUUAUUUGUAUGCCGCCCUCUCUCCCAAAAGGGACUCAGGGCAGUUUCCAAUAUAAAAUCAGCAUAAAACAUUGUACAAUAAAACACUGAAAACACUAUAAAACGCUAUAAGAAUUUUUUAAAAAACAUAACAAUUGACUAAAACAAUCACAUAAACAGAAGCAAUAUAAUCACUCAAAUAACACGUGGCUGGCAUGACCGCAAGGAGCGUCAGCCUAUAUACCAUAUAUACUUGAGUAUAAGCUGACCCGAAUAUAAGCCUGCACCCAAGUAUAAGCCGUUUUAAUCAGAGUUGGAUUCUUCCCCAAUGCUGUCGGCAUAUAUACCGUAUAUACUCAAGUAUAAGCCGAGGCACCUAAUUUGACCACAAAAAAACUGGGAAAACAUUGACUCCAGUAUAAGCCAAGGGUGGUAAAUUUCAGAAAUAAAAAUAGAUUCCAAUUACCGUAUAUACUCGAGUAUAAGCCGACCCGAAUAUAAGCCGAGGCACCUAAUUUGACCACAAAAAAAGGGGAAAAUAUUGACUUCAGUAUAAGCCGAGGGUGGGAAAUUUCAGAAAUAAAAAUAGAUUCCAAUAACUGUAUAUACUCAAGUAUAAGCUGAUCCGAAUAUAAGCCCGCACCCGAGUAUAAGCCGUUUUAAUCAGAGUUGGAUUCUUCCCCAAUGCUGUCGGCAUAUAUACCAUAUAUACUCGAGUAUAAGCUGACCUGAAUAUAAGCCGAGGCACCUAAUUUUCCUACAAAAAAACUGGGAAAACAUUGACUCCAGUAUAAGCCGAGAGUGGUAAAUUUCAGAAAUAAAAAUACAGUAGAGUCUCACUUAGUCAAGCUAAACAGGCCGGCAGAACCUUGGAUAAGCGGAUAUCUUGGAUAAUAAGGAGGGAUUAAGGAAAAGCCUAUUAAACAUCAAAUUAGGUUAUGAUUUUACAAAUUAAGCACCAAAACAUCAUGUAAUAAAACAAAUUUGACAGAAAAAGUAGUUCAAUACGCAGUAAUGCUAUGUAGUAGUUACGGUAUUUACGAAUUUAGCACCAAAAUAUCACGAUAUAUUGAAAACAUUGACUACAAAAAUGCCUUGGAUAAUCCAGUUUUGGUGCUUAAUUUGUAAAAUCAUAACCUAAUUUGAUGUUUAAUAGGCUUUUCCAUAAUUCCCCCUUAUUAUCCAAGAUAUUUGCUUAUCCAAGGUUCUGCCAGCCCAUUUAGCUUGGAUAAGUGAGACGCUACUGUGUUAAUAAUAUUAAUAAAAAUAUAGUAAAAUAAAUGUAAUAGCAGCAACAAUAAUAGAGAAAAAUAAUAAAUGUACCAUAUAUUCUUGAGUAU